AACGUGCCCGGGCCGCAUCCGCUCGCGCGGACGUACCCCGACAAGCGGGCGAGCGCGCGCGCCGCUCGCGCGAAUAUUAUGCUUUGUUACCAUGGCCGAAGUCGUCUCGUUGGUCUACGACGUCGCAUCCGCCGCCGCCGUCGCCGCCGCCGGUCUGCCGGAUCAUAGCAAACCGGAUACGACAGGCAGCGUCGACAACAGCAGCUAUUGUAACGCUUACAGCUUUGUCCAAUACAAUUUCCAGCCAAGCGAUUUCGCCCGACAAAACGAUAGCGCGUCGCAGGAUGCUUUCCAGGACGAGUUGUCUCAGAGUUCGUUUAGCAACAACGACACGCCGCCCGACCAGUCGGACACCAACAAGAGGCACAAUUGCGAAUUUAUCGGCUGCAAGAGAACGUACAGUACGGUGGGAAACUUGCGAACGCACAUGAAAACCCACAAAGGAGAAUAUCGGUUCAAAUGCAAUAUAACCGAUUGCGGUAAACCGUUCCUGACGUCGUACAGUCUGAAGAUUCACGAACGGGUGCACACCAAGCAAAAGCCAUUCGUUUGCGCCAAAGACGAGUGCCAGAAGGCGUUCAACACCGUGUACAGGCUACGGGCUCACCAACGUUUACACACCGGCGAGACGUUCGACUGCAUGCACACAGGAUGCGGAAAGUGUUUCACCACUUUUAGCGACCUCAAGAAACACUUCAGGACACACACGCAAGAACGUCCGUACAAAUGUGUCGAACAAGGCUGCGGUCGAGCAUUCACGGCUAGUCACCACCUGAAGACUCACAAACGGACGCAUUCGGCCGACAAACUCUACACGUGCGACAGACGUGACUGCAACAAGUCGUUCCCUGGCAAGGCUAGCCUCAAGACGCAUCAGCGACGUCAUGAGAUCUGGGACGAAUCGGAGACGCUGUCGGAUUACGCUGACGAUAUGCUCCAGCAAUUGGACAGCGAAACGACCGACAGCGUGGGACAAGAGUUUUUGAAAUUCGAAAGUCAACUGGUCAUACCGUUGUCGAAAGCCAACAUUCUCGCGCUCAGGCAGCCCGAAGCGGCUGAGGUCGAGGUGGAGGCUUACUUGUCUGGAAGCGCCAUCCGGGCCCUGAUGGAAGGCUCGACGGAAUCGACGGCCACGGUGCAGAAAAUGAUCUUGGCCGAACCGGGCGACGACAUGUCGGCCAAGAUGUCGGUGGACUGUCACAUUGACGUGCAGAAAACGGGACAGGACGCCAACGGGACGAUCAGCUUGUGCGUGAUGGACAACGGCGAGGUGAUGUCCAGCCUGCUCAUGAUGCCGGUCAUCAGCAACGCCAGCUACGAGACGGCGCUCAACGAAGACGACAGCCAGCCACCGGCCAUGUCCAUAGCCACGGAGAGCAUCCAGGAGUUGCAGUUCGCCGAUCCCGUCGUCCGGCAGACUGUGCAUCCCGCGGCCGCCGUCACUGCUACCGCCAUGGAGAUUUCCACGGACAACAACUCGUCCUCGCUGGACACCGCCGGCCUGAUACCGUUCCGGAACAUUUUGGUGUCCCAACCCGACACGGACUUUGCCGUGUGCACGCCCCGGGUGCGAACGUGCGACGACCCCAUCGAAGAACAGCUGGAACAGAUGGUCGAAGAUUUCAACGCGGACAAACUCAUACUGAGCAUGGCCGACGAUUGCGUGGUCGCCGGUUUCCCGGACAGUUCGGUCGCUUCGCUGGUGGUCAGCCCCCAGCUGGACGUGUUCGAGCCCACGUUUCCCGUGCCGGCGACACCCGCGUCCGCCGACGACACUGUUCCGGCGGAACCUUGCGCCGCCGACGACCACGCCGCGGCGUCCUCCUGUUCGAUGACCGUAGCGAGCAACACGCGCAAGCAACUCAGGAAAGUGCUCGAGCACAGGCGUCCGGCCGGCAUAACUCAACAUUAAAAAAAAACAACAAUACAAUAUACAGGGUGUUUCAAAAAGAAUGGUGGGCUUUCAAACGGCUGUAGGUUGUGAAGUAUUGGACCUACAGCGCUCUGGUAGGGCUUGAAUGAAACAGAGAGUUGUCAAGUUUCGAAUUACUGUCAUUAAAUGUCUGUCCACGUUCGUGUCGCCAGCCUUUAUUGUUCAGUUUGUUUGGAUGGUGUUUGCACAACAGAAGUGAUCGAGUUCACGAAGUGUAAUUCAGUUACUUCUGUGAAACAUCUAGUGGCAGAAACAUCUAGUGACAGUCAUUCAAAACUUGACAACUCCCUCUUUCAUUCAAGCCCUACCAGAGCGUUGUAGGUCCAAUACUUCACAACGUGCAGCCGUUUGAAACCCCACCAUUCUUUUUGAGACACCCUCUAUAUAUUUUUUUUUUACUUUUAAGGUCAUAAAUUACUUUUUUUUAAUUUUAUUACUUAAACACAUAUCACUAACUCAGAAACUAGGUCGAAUUACUUGGUGUUUAUUUACAUUCUUAUUUUGCCGGUUAAAGACUCGGUGACUGUCUCGAUCAUUUUUCAUGUUUUCACACCGUCAGAUUUUGUUUUUUUUCACAAAACAAGUUUAUCCGUUCGCCGAUUUAAUCCUAUCCUUUUAUAUAAUACUUUUUUUCUAAUCUAAAUUCUAAUCGUGUCGGUCACUGUGGCAGCGUUGGCCAAAAAUCCACAGUAAAACCCUACCACGAGACACAGCACAUAAUAUAAAUAAAAAAAAAAACCUACUAUUCUAAGUUUUCGAAAUUGGAACAAGCGCAAGUUAACGGGCCGCUGACACGGUUAGCUGGAUGUCGUCCAAAACCACUAUAGCUAAAAAAAAAAUAAAGAAAUAAAUCACACACACACACACACACUGUGAUGUCUUAUACGGUUGUCUGAUCAUGAAUAAUUUCCGCAUAGAUGUCGUUAUCGAUUGUCUCGAGGUUGAACUUAAGUUAGUCGCGAAAACAUAAAAAAAAAAAAAAAACGAGGUGAUAUUUUUAUGGUGAUAAUUAUUAUUAUUAUUAUUAUUUACUUAUAUUCCAUAGUAUGUAUAUUUUAUAUAUACCUAAUGUUGUUGUGCAAUGUUCUUUUGGCAGAAAAGCGGGUUUCGGUAUUUUUAAAACCAAAAUAUAUGUUUAACAUUUACUCUGCCAUAAUAAUAUAUAUUAUAGCGAAUAACGUUUUUUUAUUUUCGUUUAUAAUUAUUAUAAUAUUAUAUUAUAUUAACAGUUGUGAGAAUAUUUUAUUAUUAUUUUUUUUUUUUUGGAAAUGACGUUAUAGGCCGUGGACUUAUUGUCUUAUCGUUUCAGGCAACUAAAAAAAAAAAAAAAUAGAAAAGGUUUGUUACGAUGGACAUUUUUAACAUGAUCUUAUAUAAAUAUAAUAUAUAUAUAUAGUUUUGAUAAUCAAAAAGGGAUGGAAUUACAAAAGCAAAUUUCCGACCACAAAAUAUCUGUCGACAAAUUUUUUUUCACCCGCACUUGUUAAAUAUUUAAAAACAAUUUUUGUAAAAGUCAUACAAUAUAAUUAAUUUAACGAAAACUAUCAUAUACAUUUCUUCUUCUUGUAAGUAUAAUUUUUCAUUUGGUUUUCCUCUAUAUUUUUGUUUUAAAAUAAAUCACUUCCAUACCAAUUCGGUUCUUAUUGCAACAUUACAUUGUACAUGAAUGUGUAUUGAAUCAAAACUCUUAUACAUGGUAACGCUCAUAACUAUUAUUGUUGUAUAAUAAUAUGUGUGUUCGAUUUAAACCGUUAACUUUUAAUGAUACUAACACAACAUGAUCAUUGUAUAGCUAAUGUUAAAGUCUGUCUAACCUUGUUUUAGUGCAACAAUCAUUUAUUCAAAUAAGUAUUAUACAAUAAACGCAAGACCGCGAUACUCGAUGUCUUGUUUAUUACAUACUUGAA